AUGUACAGCACAGCUUUCCUGGCCGCGCUUCUUGCGCCUGCCGCUGUCAACGCACAGCUCAACGACCUUGCUGUCCGGGCCGGCCUCAAAUACUUCGGUACAGCCCUCGGCGAAGGUUCCAUCAACAGCGACUCCCAGUAUGCCGCCAUUCUUAGCGACAAGAGCAUGUUCGGCCAGCUCGUGCCCGAGAACGGCCAGAAGUGGGAUGCCACGGAGCCUUCUCGCGGACAAUUCACCUACACGCAAGGUGACAUCACGGCGAACACGGCCAGAAGGAACGGCCAGGGCAUGAGAUGCCACACGCUGGUGUGGUACAGCCAGCUGCCCAACUGGGUCAACUCGGGCUCCUGGACCCGGCAAACCCUGCAGUCCGUCAUCGAGACUCACAUCUCCAACGUGAUGGGCCAUUACAAGGGCCAGUGCUACGCCUGGGAUGUGGUCAACGAGGCCAUCAAUGACGACGGCACCUGGCGGCCCAGCCCGUUCUACAACACCUUCCAGACGGAUUACUUCGCCAUUGCCUUCAACGCGGCCAAGAGGGCCGACCCCGCUGCCAAGCUGUACUACAACGACUACAACCUCGAGUACAACCAGGCCAAGACCGACAGGGCCGUCGAGCUGGUCAAGAUCGUCCAGGCGGCUGGUGCCCCCAUUGACGGCGUUGGCCUCCAGGCCCAUCUCAUCGUCGGCAGCACCCCGUCUCGCAGCAACUUGGCCACCGUUCUGAGACGAUUCACUGCUCUUGGUGUUGAGGUGGCGUACACGGAACUCGACAUCCGGCACUCCUCCCUCCCUGCAUCAUCCUCCGCCCUCGCCACCCAGGGCAACGACUAUGCCAACGUCGUCGGCUCGUGCCUUGACGUGGCCGGCUGCGUCGGCGUCACCGUCUGGGGCUUCACCGACAAGUACAGCUGGAUCCCCCAGACCUUCCCCGGCACGGGCGCCGCCCUCAUCUACGACUCCAACUUCAACAAGAAGCCCGCAUGGACCUCCGUCUCGUCCGUCCUUGCUGCCAAGGCCACCGGCAACCCUCCCGUGUCGUCCUCGACCAGCACCUUUACGACUAUUACUACGCCGCCGGUUACGACCACUACUACCUCGGCCAGGCCCACGUCGACUAGCUCUGCCGGCGGCCCCGAGCAGACUCGCUGGGGCCAGUGCGGUGGUAAUGGAUGGACGGGCCCGACGAGGUGCCAGAGCCCCUGGACGUGCCAGAAGCUUAAUGACUGGUAUUGGCAGUGCUUGUAA